CUUCCAGGAUCAAACAUGGCUGCUCCCACAGUUUGUCUGUCACAUGCAGCUUUUUCAGCUAGCCGGUGUCCACACUGUGUGAGCUGGAGCCGGGGUGAUGUGCUGGCGUGCGGCUCUUGUCACUCCAUAGUACUGUACAGCCCGCAGAAAAAGACAGUGGUAUCUAUGUUAAAUGGACACACUGGCCGAGUCAACUGCGUGCACUGGAUUCACAGACCUGAUUGCAGUGCUGAAACAGAGCUUGUUUCUGGUGGGUCUGAUAAGAAGGUGAUUAUUUGGAAGACAAAUGACUAUCGGCUUGUGCAUUGUGAAGUACUGGACGGGCACACUGAGGCUGUGUGUGCAGUUCACGCUAUGUACAGUACAUCACUCUCCGGGCAUGAUCUUCUUGUGGCCUCUGCUGCGUCAGAUUGCACAGUUAGAAUAUGGUUAAGAAGCAAGUCAACAACGGAAUGUCUACAAACGUUGUCAUUUGGAAAUGGAUUUGUUCUGGAUGUCUGCUUAUCGGUAUUACCUGGCAGUGGAGUCCCUACUUUAGCUUGCGGAGGAGAUGAUAGCCGGGUUCAUUUGUAUGUAAAGCAGGACGGCCAGUUUCAGAAGACACAAGUCCUCCAUGGACAUGAGGAUUGGGUGAGAGGUGUGGAAUUUGCUAUUAAUGGCCAGGAUAUGUACUUGGCAAGCUGUGCCCAAGAUUCCCUUAUUCGCAUAUGGAAAAUAUUUCCCAAAUCUGUGACUGAAAGUCUCAAAAUUGAUGAUGAAGAUGAAGCAAACUACAUUAAGCUCAAGGAGAACAUACUUACAGUUAAAGAGGGGGGGGAAGCGUUCACUUAUGCGGUUACCUUAGAAUCUGUCCUGGCUGGUCAUGAGAACUCUGUGUACGCUGUCCACUGGCAGCCAUCUUUCUUGAAAGAUGGCAGUGUUGUACAGCCUAUGAGCCUCUUAUCCGCAUCAAUGGAUAAAACCAUGAUUCUUUGGGAACCAGAUGAGGAGACCGGAGUAUGGCUGGAACAGGUACGCGUUGGAGAAGUUGGAGGGAAUACCCUGGGAUUUUAUGGUUGCCAGUUUAGCCCAGAUAAGUCAAUGAUUCUUGCCCAUGCAUUUCAUGGAGCCCUGCACUUGUGGAGUCGGAAUCCAGCGAAACAUGAGGAGUGGAUUCCUAUGGUUGUGAUCUCUGGGCAUUUCAACAGUGUUCAGGGACUCAGGUGGGACCCUGAUGGAGAAUUUAUAAUUACAGUGGGCACAGACCAAACUACCAGACUGUUCGCUCCUUGGAUAAGAAGUGGCCAGAAGCAAGUGACGUGGCAUGAAAUAGCAAGGCCUCAAAUUCAUGGUUAUGACAUGCAGUGUAUUGCAAUGAUUGGAAGAUUCCAGUUUGUAUCAGGAGCAGAUGAGAAAGUCCUCAGAGUGUUUUCUGCUACAAGGAACUUCAUAGAAAACUUCAGUCGCAUUUCCAAUAUGUCAAUGGACACACUUCUUUUAAAUGACCACUCCAAUUUUCCCGAAGGUGCUACUGUGCCUGCUUUAGGUCUGUCUAAUAAAGCAGUCUUUCACGGCAAUUUGAAUUCACAGUCUGCUCAAGAAGAGCUGUUCAACAGUGUGUCUGAUCAGUAUUCUCAGCCGUAUUUCCAGCCUCAUGUCCUUACAGAGCCUCCGACAGAAGAUCACUUGUUGCAGAACACACUGUGGCCGGAGGUUCAGAAGUUGUACGGACAUGGCUAUGAAAUUUUCUCUGUAGCUUGUAACCGUGCUGGAACAAUCAUUGCUUCUGCAUGUAAGGCUUCCAAAAAAGAGCAUGCUGCAAUUAUUCUGUGGAGUACCACAAGCUGGAAGCAGAUCCAGAGCUUGUCUUUUCAUAACCUGACGGUUACUCAGAUGGCAUUUUCUCCCGAUGACAAAUUCCUAUUAGCAGUUUCCAGAGAUAGAAAUUGGUCCCUGUGGAGGAAGCAGGAGGAGAUUCCAACAGAGUCAGUACCACAGUUCGGACUGUGUGCAAACACUGACAAGAAUACAUCUGUCCAUUCUCGAAUCAUCUGGUCCUGUGACUGGACUCCCGACAGCAAUUUUUUUGUCACAGGAAGCAGAGACAAAAAGGUGAUCGUAUGGGGUAACUGUCAGGCGCCUGAUCUUAUGGGGGAGAAAAGCUGCACAUCUGUAAAGCCUUGCUCUACACUUCUGGAUACAGAAGACUCAGUCACUGCUGUCAGUGUGAACCAAGGAAUUGCUUUUCAGGGAAGCUACAUUAUUGCUGUUGGAUUAGACUGCGGCAAGAUUAAUUUGUACAAGUGGCAAUACAACGUUACACCUAAUGACUGGGUAAAGGCUCGUGAGAUAGAACAAAGCCUUUGUCACACUCGGACUGUCAAACAGCUCUGCUGGAGAAGCAAGCCAGGUCGUGCUGGACAUGGUGAUCCGGACAAUGGAGAGUGGCUGCAGCUGGCGAGCUGCGGAGAAGAUCACAGUGUGAAGAUAUUCAAUGUUAACAAGAGUCUAUUCUCAUUAUAAAAGCUUCUUGGAGGAACAAACAUAUUUUAUAAAUGAGCUAGCACGGCCAGUGCUGAUAGAUCAUGGCUUCAAAGAAGCUAAAAUGCCAUUUUAGUUACAGUUGAAGGUGUGGUGGGUUCUUUAUUAUACAUAGCUAUACAUAGUCUACAGGACAACUGGCAUUUGCAUGUUGUCACUCAAACAUUUGCUUCAAGUAUAACAUUGCAAGCGCAGGACUAACCCAGCAAUCAUAUUUUGGUAUUUCAUGAUCUUAUCGAUUCUGAGCUGUCCUGGAAUUGCAGUAAAAGUUCAGAUCAUGCCACAUUUGUCAUCGUACCAAUGAGCGGAUCAGGUAAAUGGAGAACAUGCACUUUCCUCAUCAUUGGUUCGUGGUCUACAUGUAAAGAAAGUCUCUAAGUUGGGCUGUCCUAUGAAUUAUUCUUAAUAUUGUCAGUUUUCUUAGAGCAGGCCCACUUCUCUCACAGAACAUCACUGACCUAUGUAGUUUUGUGCUUGUUUUUAUGCUUAUUUGAGAAAAUCCUGAAGAGUGAGUACAUAGAAAAGCAGUAUAGUUCCACUGAAGCAGUUUACAAGGAAAUGCCAUGGUCCUUACAGCCUUAAUUUACUUACGGAGGAGUUUACGUACAGAGUGCAUUGUUUGACCGAAUUUCCGCCUCCAGUUUUAAGAAUGACGUUUUCAGGGAGGGCAUAACACUGCCAUUUCAGAUGUUCGGCAGUACAUGUUGUACAUGUACUUUUGCAUAUACUUACUGGCAAAAUUCCAUCCCUAAUCUUAGAUCUGGACUUGGCUGUGAGCUCAUGCUAUGUUCAUUUACAUGUGUCCAUAUCUAGCAGCCUAAGGACUGUUACAGCCUGUUACACCAACAGAUUAUCUGACCAAUAGUCGGUGUGUGUGUGUGUGUAACAUAAGCUCUGUGUGUGUAAAUGGCCAUCUGACAUGAAGAAAAUAAUCUUCCCAUUGAAUUCAGCGGGGAUUUUCUUCAUGAAAUCUGCUCCUGAUCUGCUCGUCAAUUUAUGUGCAGAGAAUUUCUGCACCAUGUAGACGAGAUUUCAUAAAUCUUAUCUAUUUUUUGCACAAAAUCUGUGUAGAAAACCAAAGCAUAAUACGCAAUGUGUUCUGGUGGCCUCACAAAAAGCACUGCAGAUGUAAAAUUGAUGUAAAACGCCAUAUACCCAUAAAAAUUUCUAUGGGGGGAACCCAAGUGAAUACAUGGAAGAGUGUGUUUCAAAUGCCUUAAUUUAGUUUACUUUCAAAAACUUCCUUGGGUUGUGCUUUUUGGCAAAUUCAAAGGAGGAUUGCCCAGACCAGGGAGCGGCGGAGGAGAUGCAUAUCAAUCCUGAUCUGUGUGUAUAGUGUUGCAAAUCUGCCUUAUGGAGGCCUUAAACAGAACAAUAGGGCUUUCAUUAAAUGCAACCCUGCCCCAGUCUACACAGCAAAGCGGAGUAGUGGAAAACAAGUACUAAUAUUGUGAUUCUUCUAGUGGACUAUAACAUUUUAUAUGGAUAAUCAUACAAAAAUAGCACAAGAUGUCAUAAGUUUAUAUAUGUUUAUAAUAAAAACUGAAUUAAAUAAUGUUUUUUUCCCCUUUAAAGCAGGCAUGCUCAACCUGCGGCCCUCCAGCUGUUGUAAAACUACAACU